AUGAACAUCCAAAACCCAGGCGCUGAACGCGACUACAUCCCUAUCGCUGAUCAUGGCUUGAUCGGGAAUCUGAGGACUGCUGCGCUGGUCAGUCUCGAUGGAUCGAUCGAGAGUUAUUGUGUCCCAAAUUUCGAUUCUCCAUCCAUCUUUGCGCGCAUCUUGGACAAAAACAAGGGCGGACAUUUCUCCAUUACACCGACGGUUCCUUUCAGCACCAAACACAAUUACUUGCCGAGCUCAAACGUAUUACAGACCAAGUUUCUCAACGAGAAGGGCGUGGUUAGUGUCACCGACUUCCUUCCUCGCCCAGAAAAUGGCAAAUCUACGCACCCGUUACUGUUCUGGCUCAUCAGACGUGUUGAGGUGGUCCGCGGUACCGUCCCGCUGCGCGUCGAAUGCGCCCCCGCCUUCAACUAUGCUCGGGACCCCCACGCUACCCAAAUCGUCCCCGACGAUACCAUCCCACUCCAAUUUUCCAAACAAAACAAAGUCGUCUUCACUUCGAGGCCCGCGGCUUCUCCAUAUCUUGCGAAGGGUGCGAGCCCACCGAACACGUCGCAUAGCCCGCUCACACUCGAUUUGCGAUUCCUCCCUGAGUCCUUGCUUGAAAAUGUUCCUGUGCCUGAGGUUUCCUUGGAAACCCUGAAUCUCAGUGCAAAGGGUCACCUGGGCUUGGCCGCACAGACGGAGUUGACGCUUGUAGAGGGUCAGCGGGUGACGUUUGUGUUGCGGAUUGCGCCUGAGCAUAAAGGAAAUAGUGGGUCGGGUAUAGAUGAAGAGCAAGCAGAGCUGCUAGGACUUGAUUAUCAGAUAGAGCUGAUGGCGGGUGCGCACAAGAUGAGGUCAAAGGAUGAUCCGGUCAUGACUAGCGAACUCCUCGACCAUCUGUUUGUCUCUACCAAUAAUUACUGGAACUCUUGGAUCAGGAAAUCAACCUACCAAGGUUCUUGGAAGGAGGCCGUGAACCGAAGUGCAUUGGCACUAAAGUUACUCAUAUAUGAACCCACUGGUGCCAUUGUCGCGAGCCCAACAUUCAGCUUGCCCGAAUACAUAGGUGGGACUAGAAAUUGGGCCUCCUGGAUCCGUGACUCUUCGUUCACGCUAUACGCUCUGAUUAGACUCGGUUUCACUCAGGAGGCUAAUGGAAUGUCUCUUCUCUGCAUGCUGUCCUCAGCCCCAUAUAUGGACUUCAUCUUUGAGCGGCUGAAGGACAAGAACCCAGAUGGUUCCUUACAGAUUAUGUACACGAUCCAUGGUGGGAAAGAUCUGGAGGAGAUAGAGCUUCUCCACCUUGAUGGACACAAAGGUUCUAAGCCUGUUCGUAUUGGUAAUGGUGCAGCUGACCAUGUCCAACUGGACAUUUACGGUGAAUUGAUGGAUUGUAUUUACCUCGGACAGAAGUGUAGACUGUACGUCAUCUAUGAUCUUUAUUUUCCGACGUACAACCAAUACUUUGUAGUCGUUGUCGCAAACUGCAAGAAACCCGACUUGGAAGUCCGGGGCAAGGAGCGCCAUUUUACUGUGUGUAUUCUCACUGCUACCUGGAAAAGCCUUCGGCUUGCGGACAAGCGUUCUCUCCCCUGUCCUCGCCGCCUAGAGUGGCUUGCCGCACGCGACGACCUUUACGAAGAGAUCAUGCACAAGGCGUGGAAUAAGGACCUGCAGGUCUUCGGGCAGAGUUAUGAAGAGACAGACGUGCUUGAUUCGUCGGUGCUCAUUAUGCCCCUCGUGUUUUUCAUGACGCCGUCCGAUACACGGUUCGUGAGCACACUGAAGCAGAUUCUCAAGACGCCUGAAAGGGGAGGAUUGACCUCUAAUAACCUCGUCUACCGGUAUGAUGUGAACAAAUCUGAUGAUGGCGUAGGAGGCGAGGAAGGCACGUUCUGUCUCUGUACGCUAUGGUGUGUUGAGGCUUUAACUCGUGCCGGUGAAUACGAGAGGCCACUUUUGCAGCGUGCAGUGGCGAUGUUUGAGGACUUCCUGUUGUAUUUGAAUCACGUGGGCUUGUGCACUGAGGAGAUCUCGGAGUCAGGCGAUGCGCUUGGAAAUGCCGUCCAGGGUUUCACCCAUGUAACCCUCAUUUCCGCGGCGUACAAUCUCUCGAGGACUCUGGCAAAUCAACGAUCCGUAUAA